UAUUCUUAAUAUAAAAAUUGGUUGUAGAAAAUUCAUUAUGCUGUGGCGCAGCAUCAUUUGAUACUAAAAAGACCGACAAAAAAAGAAAAAGGAAGAAAAAAAAAUAAUAAUCAAAUUUUCUAAAUCAAAGACUACAUUACCUUGGACGUGCACACUGGUUAACAAGCUAUCCUGUCCUUCGGCGCCCAACUGGCACUGACGGCCGUAUCAAGAUCUCUAUUAUUACUCUGCAUUAGCCUUGUCUCCCUUUUUUGUCGUGGUCCUUACCACAGAUUUCUUGAAGAACAUUUUAGAAUAAGCACCGUAUAAAAAUCAGUUAUUUCUCCUCUCAAGUUACUGUAACAAACCGGCAUUAUUCUUUAUUCAUUUCUCGUGUAUAAAUACCACUCAACGUACAUAAGAAAAAUAGAGAAGUUUCUUCCAUUAUCUUCUAUUUUAUUAAUAUGGUAUCAGAACAAAUAAAUGACUAACAUCACUCUGAAUCCAUGGCUACCUCAUCUGCGUCCUCUACCCUUUAUUCAUUCUCUCAUAUUGUUAUAACCAAAUUAAUAAAUGACAAUUACCUUUUCUGGAAGAUGCAAAUCGCAACCCAUUUGCACGGAGAAGAGCUUUAUGCUCAUAUCGGUGGCUCACUUCCUCCUCUCCCGAAAUUUAUUCCAGAACCCACAACUCCCACACCUACAUUCAACCCAGAUUUUUUAUUGUGACAGCGUACAGACCAGUUGGUUCUGAGUGUCAUUUUCUCUUCCCUCUCCGAGUCCAUACUUGGUCAUGUACUCUCCUCAACAACUUCUCAUUCCCUCUGGACCUCUCUAGCGUCUAUGUUUACCUCUCACUCUCAAGCCAAAGAGUUUCAAAUCAGAUUUCAACUCACCAAUCUCUCCAAAGGUGACCAAACAAUUUUAGACUAUUUUGGGAAUGUACGCUCCCUCGUGGACUCCUUGACUGCUACUGGCAAUAUUCCUCCUAACAAGGAAGUUGUCACUUACCUUCUUAAUGGAUUGGGUCUCUCAUAUGAAGCUUUUAUCACCUCUGUAACUACACGGGUUGAUUCUCUCUCCUCUAAUGAAUUAUACCAAUUGCUUCUUAUUCAUGAAAGUCGAUUUUCUCACCAAACUAGGAGUUCUAUCUCCUCUUUUGAGCCCUCUGUGAAUUUCAGUACAUUUGGAAAUAGGGAUCAACAUGGCCGUGCAAAUUUUCGUGGAGGCAGACAAGGACGUGGAUGGGGACGCUCCUUCAGCAACAAUCGAGGAGGUAGAUUUGGUUCGCAAGCAAAUUCAUCACAGCAAUAUAACACUCAACGCCUCACCUGUCAAGUUUGCAGUAAAUAUGGACAUGUUGCUUUACAAUAUCGUUAUAUAUUUGAUCACUCAUAUCAGUUUGAAGCUCCAAAAUCUUUCUCUACUAAUUAUACUGCUCCUAGCUCUCUAUCUGAAGCCUAUCCAAAUGAGCUUAGUAACUUGAAUAUUUCUUCAGAACAAUAUAAUGGUAGUGACUCAAUCCGCGUUGGAGAUGGCUCGGGCUUACCUAUCCAAAAUCUCGAUGGGGAAAGUGCUCCUCACAGGGCCCACGCAUAAUGGACUCUAUGUUUUUCCCUCACUUUCUCCUCCAGAUUCAAGCCCCUCCACACAUCUUGGUGAAAGAACAAAUACAGCACAAUGGCAUCAAAGGCUUGGGCACCCUUCCUUGACUCUUGUUUCCAGCGUUCUACGCAAAUAUGGUCUACCUACUAUCUCUAGUUAUUCUACUUUUUUUUGUACUGAGUGUCCAGUUGCAAAAGUUCAUCAAUUACCUUUUUAUUGUAAUCACACUACUUAUACCAAGCCGCUUGGAUUAUUAUGCUCUGAUGUUUGGGGCCCAGCUCCUCAUAUUUCUAGACUUGGUUUUAAGUAUUAUCUCUCAUUUGUAGAUCAA